CCGGGGGAAAAACCGUGGCUGAGGAGGCUGAGCAGAGCUGAGCCGAGCCGGGCCGGGCCGGGCCGGGGAUAUUUCAAAGAUGGUUUGGCUCCCACUGGGGCUUGGAGAUCUGAUGCCACAAUGAGGACUCACACACGAGGAGCCCCAAGUGUGUUUUUCAUACACACAAUUUGCUUUGCCUUUGCCUUCGGAGCCAGGGAGAACCCGGAUGCAAUGGUUCCUUUUGUCAACGCCAACUACGACAGCUACCCCAUGCUCUACUUUUCCAAGGGGGAUGUGGAGGGUCUGCGUCUCCAGGCAGCCACCACGCACCGGCACAUUGCGGCUCGGCUGAUUGAGGCAGUGCAAACAAUGCUCUCCAAUCCCCUGGAGUACCUGCCUCCCUGGGACCCGAAGGAGUUCAGCGCUCGGUGGAAUGAAAUUUACGGCAACAAUCUUGGGGCCCUGGCAAUGUUCUGCGUGCUCUACCCUGACAACAUUGAGGCCAUCGGCAUGGCCAAGGAUUACAUGGAGAGGAUGGCAGCUCAGCCUAGUUGGCUAGUGAAGGAUGCCCCAUGGGAUGAGGUCCCUCUUGCUCACUCCUUAGUUGGCUUUGCCACUGCUUAUGACUUCUUGUACAGCUAUCUUAGCAAGACUCAACAGGAGAGAUUUCUUGAGGUAAUUGCCAAUGCCUCGGGAUAUAUGUACGAAACAUCAUACAGACGUGGAUGGGGUUUCCAGUACCUUCAUAACCACCAGCCUACCAACUGUGUGGCCCUGCUGGCUGGAAGCCUGGUUCUGAUGAAUCAAGGCUACCUUCAGGAAGCUUACCUGUGGACCAAGCAAGUGUUGGCAAUCAUGGAGAAGUCAGUGGUCCUGCUGCAGGAGGUCACAGAUGGCUCGCUCUAUGAAGGGGUGGCUUAUGGCAGCUACACAACCAGAUCGUUGUUUCAGUACAUGUUUCUUGUCCAAAGGCACUUUGAUAUCAAUCACUUCAGCCACCCCUGGCUCAAGCAGCACUUUGCAUUUAUGUACAGGACUGUCCUGCCAGGGUUUCAGAGAACUGUGGCCAUUGCAGACUCCAACUACAACUGGUUCUAUGGGCCAGAGAGCCAGCUGGUGUUUCUUGACAAAUUUGUCAUGCGCAACGGCAGCGGGAACUGGUUGGCAGAGCAGAUCAGAAGGAACCGGGUGGUGGAGGGCCCGGGGACUCCAUCCAAAGGGCAGAGGUGGUGCACGCUCCACACUGAAUUUCUCUGGUAUGAUGCAAGUUUGCGCUCUGUACCUCCACCAGACUUCGGGGUUCCAAAGCUGCAUUACUUUGAGGACUGGGGAGUGGUAACCUAUGGAAGUGCUUUGCCAGCUGAAAUCAACAGGCCUUUCCUUUCCUUCAAGUCAGGAAAGCUGGGAGGACGUGCAAUAUAUGAUAUUGUUCAUAAGAACAAGUACAAAGAGUGGAUCAAGGGAUGGAGGAACUUUAAUGCUGGUCAUGAACACCCGGACCAGAACUCCUUUACUUUUGCUCCCAAUGGUGUACCUUUCAUAACGGAAGCUCUGUAUGGGCCAAAAUAUACUUUUUUUAAUAAUGUGUUGAUGUUUUCCCCUGCUGUGUCCAAGAGCUGCUUCUCCCCAUGGGAAGGGCAGAUUACAGAGGAUUGUUCUUCAAAGUGGCUUAAAUAUAAACAUGACUUGGCUGGUGACUGUCAGGGACGAGUGGUUGCUGCCAUGGAGAGAAGCGGGGUGGUUUUUAUCAGGGGAGAAGGAGUGGGUGCAUACAAUCCUAAACUGAAGCUGAGAAAAUUGCAAAGAAACCUCAUACUUCUCCAUCCUCAGCUUCUGUUGGUGGUGGACCAAAUCCACUUAGAAGAUGACAGCCCCUUGGAGGCAGCAACCAGUUUCUUCCACAAUGUGGAUGUGCCUUUUGAAGAAACAGUUGUUGAUGAGGUCCAUGGGGCAUUUAUUAGACACCGUGAUGGGAUAUAUAAAAUGUACUGGAUGGAUGAUACUGGCCACAGUGAGAAAGCUACCAUUGCCUCAAGGAUGUAUCCCCGGGGCUACCCUUACAACGGAACGAACUACGUGAAUGUAACAACCCUCUUGCGGCACCCCGUCACGAGAGCCAUUUACCUGUUCAUUGGACCCUCCAUCGAUGUGCAGAGCUUCACGGUCCGUGGAGACUCUCGGCAACUGGAUGUUUUCGUUACCACCAGUGAGCACGCCUAUGCAAUUUACCUGUGGACUGUUGAGGAAGGGCCCCGCUCUGCCUUUGCACAGGUUAUUGCAGACCGCCAGAAAAUUGUCUUUGACCGAGCCUCUGCCAUUAGGAGCUCUGCAGUGCCAGAAGUGAAGGACUACGUAGGGAUUGUGGAGAAGAACCUGCAGCAUUUUAAGCCAGUUUUCCAGCAGCUGGAGAAGCAGAUACUGUCUCGUGUACGAAACACAGCUAGCUUUAGGAAGACUGCUGAGCGCCUGUUGAGGUUUUCAGAUAAAAGACAGACAGAGGAGGCCAUUGACAGAAUAUUUGCAAUCUCACAGAGGCAGCAACAGCAGCGUGGCAGAGCAAAGAAAAAUAGAAAGGUAGCCAAAGGCUACAAAUUUGUUGAUGCUGUUCCUGACAUUUUUGCACAAAUUGAGGUAAAUGAAAGAAAAGUGCGUCAAAAGGCACAGACUCAAGCACAAAAAGAGUUGCCUGUAGAUGAAGAUGAGGAAAUGAAAGAUCUUUUGGAUUUUGCAGAUAUCACUUAUGUGAAGCACAAAACUGGAGUGUCAAUCAAAGGCCGAUCAGGGCUGGCACAGAUGGUGACAACUGCUCGAAGUAGCGCCCCAUCAAUAUCAGCCUCUUAUACCCGCCUCUUUCUCAUUCUCAACAUUGCUAUUUUUUUUGUCAUGUUAGCAAUGCAGCUCACGUAUUUUCAGAAGGCCAAAAGACUGCAUGGCCAAAGAUGUCUGUAUGCAAUACUUUUAGUAGACAGCUGUAUAUUAUUGUGGCUGUAUUCUUCCUGUUCUCAGUCACAAUGUUAGCAGAAGAUCUCUAUUAGUCGACCAGUUUAUGGUCAUAUAUGUCUAUGCAAAAGCAUUAACCCUAAUAGGGCCAAAGUUUAUGUUCUUUUUUUUUCUGAAACAUUCCAAAAACAGCUGGGGAAAGAUUGGUUUCAGACCAGAAAGGAUUGACAAAUAAGGCAGGCAAUGAAUUUCUCAGAAAAUUAAGUACUUAAUAAGUACUCCUCCUUUGAGUUUUGAGUUGGGCCUCACAUCUGAGGGAAUAUUAUGCUUUGUUCAUCAGAGUUCAGUAAUGUAAAGUUGUAAUUAAUUUUUGGUGAGAAGAGCCCUCUUAAGAGAUUUGUUUCUAAGGGCUUCCUUUUUAUACGAAAUUGGAUUUGCAUUUAGUGACUUUUCAUUCCAAGCUGCUAUGGAUGUCUGUGGACAUGCUCUUAAGAAAAGGACAUUUGAACACAAGUAUGCAGGGCAGAUCUUAGCAGUAGAUUUCAGUUCCCUCUGCCAGACCAAAGAAUACUUCAAUGUGGGACACUCCUGUAUAAUUAUUUCAGACCCUUUUAUCAUGUCAUCUCUUCCAUGCUUUACAAUCUGGCACGGUAGGAGAUGGGAAUCCUGUCAGUACUUACCAAGUGAGCGGCACAAUGCUUAGUAGGCAGUAGCAGAAGGCUGUUUCAAAGUAUAAAGGAACACAAUUCUCAGGAAAAAAAAAAAAGGCAUUUUUUUCUUUCAGUCAAGUUUAGACUGCAGAAAGAUGAAUGCUGUAGCGUCUGUCCUCAGUUUUACAAGGCAGGGUUUCACAAAAGUUUUCCAUAGUUUGAAGUGCAUCUUAGCAGGGAAAUAAUGCCCUAUAUCAGUGCUCUUCUAUAUGCAAUUGUAAAAAUGCAAAAAAAUAAUAAAAAUAAAAAACACAAAGCAAUCCUGUGGUAACCUCAGCAAUUGCCAGUAUGGGAAAAAAAAAAGGUAUUAAGGAAGUAUUUAAUGUUUUUUUUCUGUUCACAUGGCUAGAAACAGAGGACAGUUAAAAUUGUGUACACUCCGCAAUAAAGCACCGUCAAGAGUUCUGCAAGCUCUUGGUGGCCCCUGGGUCAAUUAUUUGGGGAUUAGUGGUAAAUGGAAUCAUGUGGUUUAUGACAAAAAUAAGUUUGACAUCUCCACAUAUGUCCCCUUCUGUUAAUUAAACUGAUUUCAAAAAAUCAUAGCCCUUUGAGAGAAAGGCAACUCUAUGGAAUUGGGGCAUAUCUGUACAUCUUUACAGAAAAACAAUUUUUCCAGUACAUUUGCUAAAUAAAAACAUUAUAAUUGUCUCUGUGGAAAAUAUGUUUUUCUUUGAUUAAAAUACUUUUACUGGUAA